AUGACAUGUUUUCGCAUUUCCGGCAACCUUCUUGGAAAUGAAGGGGAAAAUGACUUGGGUUUUCUAUGUUCUUUGACAAAUGCCACCUAUCUUAUUACAUUGCAAAUAAGUACCAAUAACUUUGGGGGAGAGUUACCAAAGUGUAUUGGCAAUUUCUCAUCUAAUCUUACCCAUUUGGCUCUAGAUAAUAAUAAAAUAUCUGGAAAGAUUCCUGUUGAAGUAGGAAAUUUGAUCAACUUGUUGAGGCUUGAUAUAUGGCAGAACAAAUUAUCAGCUACUGAUGGGUUCUCCUCCACCAAUUUAAUUGGUGUGGGUGGCUUUGGAUCUGUGUAUAGAGGAAUUCUUGAUCAAGGUAGAUAUACGGUUGCAGUUAAGGUGCUAAAUCUUUUGCUUCAUGGAGCUUCCAAGAGUUUCAUUACUGAAUGUGGGGCUUUGAGAAGUGUUAGACAUCGGAAUCUUGUAAAGAUAGUCUCGGCUUGUUCAAGUGUUGACUUUCAAGGUCAUGAAUUUAAAGCUUUAGUAUAUGAGUUCAUGUCUAAUGGAAGCCUUGAUGAGUGGUUGCAUCCAGCUACAAGAACAAAUAAUGUUCCCGAGAAACCAAAGAAUUUGAAUCUUCUUCAAAGACUAAAUAUUGUCAUUGAUGUUGCCAAUGCUUUGGAUUAUCUACAUCAUCAUUGUCAUACACCAAUCAUUCAUUGGGACCUCAAAUCUAGCAAUGUUCUUCUUGAUGAUGAAAUGAUCGGACAUAUUAGUGACUUUGGUUUGGCAAGGUUCCUUUUUGAGGACACCCAUGAUUGUUUCACUAAUCAAUCAAGCUCCAUCGUAUUCAGAGGAAUAAUGGGUUAUGCUCCGCCAGAGUAUGGCAUGGGAAAUGAAAUGUCUAUCCUUGGCGAUGUCUAUAGUUAUGGCAUACUAUUGGAGUUUGCAAGAGAAAGGAUGAACAUGAGUGACGUUGUAAAUGAACUACAUUCGAUUAAAGAAAAGUUCCUUGGAACUAGAAAACGCCAAGAAAUACAUCUACUUCAGCAAAUGCAAUUAGGGUACCAGUCAUUUGAAGCUGCCUUGAAUUCCUGA